GCGCGGGGAGGAGCUGCAGCACAGUGAUGUGGAAUAGGGCAACCCGUGUAUUGUAAUCAUUUCUGCAGCCAAUCAGACGGGUGACACAAAUGUUUGGCAACAAUGCCAGCGACAGCUACUCUAUAAAUGCACAUUCAGGCGUUGCAUGUGACAUUUGGAAAUAAAUAGAAAAACAUAGGAGCAGAAGAAUGGAGGCAGUAACUCAGGACUUUAGCACUGACAGUCUGGGUUGGAAGAGGUUAAUCUUGUCAUGGGCCCCGCUGGAUGAGCAUGCAUCAUGGUCACAACUUAUGCUGUACUUCGUCUUGUUCCUGGUGUUGUACUAUGUGAUGAGCUCUCUCUGGGGUUAUUACCAGAUAAUGUCCAGGAAUACCCCUCCAGGUCCGACCCCACUGCCCUUCCUGGGGAACUUCGGCUUCAUGCUUUUGCCAACCCCGCUGCUGAAUUAUCUAAACGUUGCGAUAGAUGGCACAAAGCUCACAAGGGCACCAGCGGGGCCCACCCGAAGAGGGGCUUUCUUGUUCCCACACAUUGUGCUGACCAACAUGGCCAAAACGUAUGGCAAAAUCUAUGGCAUUUUUAUAGGCACCCGCCUUAUAGUGAUCCUCAAUGACUUUGACACAGUGAAAGAUGCCCUGGUCAAUCAUUCGGAGGUGUUUUCUGACAGACCCAGUGUGCCCCUGGUCAAUAUCAUCACAAAGAGGAAAGGUAUUGUGUUUGCAAAAUAUGGACCAAUAUGGAGACAGCAAAGGAGAUUUUCUCAUUCUACUCUAAGACACUUUGGAUUAGGAAAGCUAAGCCUGGAGCCCAAAAUCAUUGAAGAGUUCAAAUACGUGAAGGCAGAAAUGCAAAAAUAUGAGGGUAAAGCUUUCAGUCCUUUUCAGAUCAUCAACAAUGCUGUGUCUAAUGUUAUCUGCUCCAUAAGUUUUGGGAAACGGUUUAACUAUGAAGACAAGGAGUUCAAGAGCAUGCUGAGUAUGAUGUCACGGGGACUAGAGAUCAGUGUCAACAGCGAAGCCGUCAUGACAAAUGUUUUCUCUUGGAUGUAUUAUCUGCCCUUUGGACCUUUUAGAGAGCUUAGGGAAGUUGUAAUUGACAUCACAGCCUUUCUCAAGAGGAUCAUUGAAGAGCACAAGAAAUCCUUAAACCCGGAGAACCCUAGGGAUUUUAUUGAUAUGUACCUGCUUCAUAUAGAAGAAGAGGAAAAGAACCAAGCUGAGAGUAGCUUUAACACAGACUAUUUGUUUUAUAUUAUUGGGGAUCUUUUUAUUGCAGGUACCGACACAACUACAAACACGCUUGUAUGGUCUCUGCUAUAUAUGUGCCAUCACACAGAUGUACAAGAAAAAGUCCAAGCUGAGAUCGAUGCAGUCAUUGGACGUGAUCGACCUCCAUCACUGACUGACAAGGCUCAAAUGCCCUUCACUGAAGCCACAAUCAUGGAGGUGCAGAGAAUGACUGUUGUUGUCCCUCUGUCUGUCCCCCACAUGGCCUCUGACACCACAGUAUUUCAGGGAUACACUAUUCCCAAGGGCAGUGUGGUGCUGGCUAAUCUGUGGGCUGUACACAGGGACCCAAAGGUGUGGGAGAAGCCCAAUGAUUUCAAUCCCAGCCGCUUUUUAGAUGAACAUGGACAAAUCCUUAAAAAAGAAGCAUUUAUUCCAUUUGGCAUUGGUCGACGUGUCUGCAUGGGAGAACAGCUGGCCAAAAUGGAAUUGUUCUUGAUGUUUGUGAACCUUAUGCAAAUGUAUAAAUUUAACUUCGCUGAUGAAACAUUUAAGCCAAUGUUGGAAGGACGGUUUGGUCUCACACUUGCUCCGUAUCCGUUUGAAAUUAAAAUUACAAGCAGAUAGAACACACCAAUUACUGAGCAUCAUUAUUCACUCUCUACAAUAUGAAAAGCAUUUAAUUUAGUGUUUUGAAAAAGUCUUUUGUUUUUAGGUUGAUAACAAACUGAAUUACAUAAACGUUCUUUAACCUUGA